CACUUUCAUAUCGCUCACAAUCACAUGGCCUUUUCAAAAAAAUCUCUCUUUUAGUGACGAUGCAUAAGCCUGAAGAACAAUCAUGACGACAGUCGCCGCCGAUAUCCGCCGUUAUUUCUUCUUUUUUGCCGUUUUGCCUUUCUUUCUGAUCUGUGACCAAUCUCUUGCCUUGAACACAGACGGUGUUCUUCUCCUCUCCUUCCGUUACUCAGUCGUCGACGAUCCUCUUUCCGUUUUGCGAAGCUGGAGAUUCGAAGACGAGACUCCAUGUUCUUGGCGUGGCGUCACGUGCGACGAGUCUUCCCGGCACGUGACUGUUCUGUCACUUCCAAGCUCGAACCUUUCCGGUACUCUUCCUUCGAAUUUGGGUUCUCUGCUUUCGCUUCAAAGACUCGACCUUUCCAACAACUCGAUCAAUGGCUCUUUCCCGGUUUCGUUAUUCAACGCGACGGAGCUUCGGUAUCUUGAUCUGUCGAGUAAUCACAUCUCCGGCGAAUUACCCGCAAAUUUUGGCGCGUUUUCUAAACUCAGAGUGUUGAACCUCUCCGACAACGUUUUCGUCGGUGAAUUACCGAAGACUUUGGGUUGGAACCCGAACUUAACUGAGAUUUCACUGAAGAAGAACUAUUUCUCCGGCGAGAUUCCGGGAGGUUUUAAGUCGACGGAGUAUCUUGAUCUGUCGUCGAAUCUAAUCAAAGGUUCGUUGCCUUUACAUUUCGGAGGUGAUCGUUUAAGAUAUUUCAACGCCUCGUACAACAGAAUCUCCGGCGAGAUUCCGUCUGGUUUCGCCGACGAAAUCCCUGAAAAUGCCACCGUUGAUCUCUCCUUCAACCAGCUCACGGGUCAAAUCCCGGGUUUCCGGGUUCUCGACAACCAAGAAUCCAACUCUUUCUCGGGUAACCCGGGUCUAUGCGGAUCCGAUCCGGCAAAACACCCUUGCCGUGACCGUGAAGUAACCUCUCCGCCUCCAUCGCCAACACCAAAUUCUCCUCCUGCUUUAGCCGCUAUACCGAAUACCAUCGGCCUAACCAAUCACCCAAUCGGCUCCAAAUCCGGUUUGAAAUCCAAAUCGGCUCUUAAACCGGUGAUUAUCGUAGGCAUUGUUGUCGGUGACAUCGCCGGUUUAGCAAUCCUCGGGAUUGUGGUUUUCUACAUUUACCAGUCGAGGAAACGGAAGACCGUAACGGCUACGUCAAAAUGGUCCACGUCAUCAUCAGAUUCCAAGGUCUUAUCAAAAUGGUACUGUCUACGCAAAACCGUUAACGUUGACGGUGACUGUGAAGAAGACGAGGAGGAAUCCGAGACAUCGGGAUCCGAAUCCGAUGAAGAAAUUCGGAUCGCACAAAAUAGACGGUCAGGUUUAGAGGAACAAGACAAGAAAGGGACGCUAGUGAAUCUCGAUUCAGAGAAAGAGCUUGAGAUCGAGACGCUCCUCAAAGCCUCGGCUUACAUUUUGGGAGCCACUGGUUCGAGCAUAAUGUAUAAAGCGGUUCUUCAAGAUGGUACGGCUGUGGCGGUUCGACGCAUCGCUGAGUGCGGUUUAGACCGGUUCAGGGAUUUCGAGACUCAGGUUCGAGCCGUGGCCAAACUGGUUCAUCCGAACCUUGUUCGAAUACGAGGUUUCUAUUGGGGAUCCGACGAGAAGCUUGUUAUUUACGAUUUUGUCCCUAACGGCAGCCUCGCUAACGCCCGUUACAGGAAAGUGGGUUCCUCGCCUUGUCAUUUACCUUGGGAAGUUCGGCUCAAGAUAGCAAAAGGUAUAGCUCGUGGGCUAACAUUCAUACACGACAAGAAGCACGUGCACGGUAACCUCAAGCCUAGCAAUAUCCUUCUGGGCUUAGAUAUGGAGCCCAAAGUUGCAGAUUUCGGGCUUGAGAAACUUCUAAUUGGCGACAUGAGUUACCGAACUGGUGGAUCGGCUCCAAUAUUUGGAAGCAAGAGAUCUACGUCAUCUCAUGAUUUUGGGCCGAGUCCGAGCCCCAGUCCAAGUUCAGUUGGGUUACCUUACAAUGCGCCGGAAUCUCUCCGCAGCAUAAAACCAAAUUCAAAGUGGGACGUGUACUCAUUCGGAGUUAUUCUGCUUGAGUUAUUAACAGGAAAGAUCGUGGUAGUUGAUGAGCUUGGACAGGUUAAUGGGCUUGUGAUCGACGACGGUGAUCGGGCUAUGAGGAUGACGGACGCGGCUAUACGGGCUGAGUUAGAGGGCAAAGAAGAUGAUGUGUUGGCAUGUUUGAAAAUGGGCCUAGCUUGUGCUCUUCCAAUACCACAGAGAAGGCCCAGUAUCAAAGAGGCCUUACAAGUUAUCGAGAGAUUCCCUAGCCGACAGUAAUGAUAUUAUAUAAUUAAGACCAAGAAAAAGUUAAUAGCUUGACUGUGUGUACUUAGAGUUAGAUUGAUAGGCGGAUUUUAUGUUCUUUAAAUUAUCGUUUGGCUAUCUGAUUUUUUUAGUUUGUCUUCGGUUUUAUGAUUCAGUGACAAUAAUAUCUCUGGGCUAGUAACAAAUUUAUUCCUGUUGUGCGACAAAAAAAAAAUGCUAAAUAAAUGCCUUUCUUCU